GUGAGGACUCAGGACUUCCGUCCCGGAAGCUCAGUUUUAAGCAUGGCUUUGGGAGGGGAGGGACGCAAGCGAAAGAAGGGCCAGAAGCGGAGGCAAAGCCCUGAAGACGGCGUGGGGAGUGCGGCCACCGACUAUCUGGUGGGACAGGUCGCCGACAGCUUGCGAGGCGGCCGGCGUCCUCCUGGCGGCGGGACGGGGCGGCUGGCCGCUCUCUUCAGCACCGCGGAGCCAUCGGCUCCCCCUGUUUUUGUGCCUGUGCCCCAGGAAACAUCUAAGAAAAGAAAACUUGAUGAUGAAGACCAAAGCGUGCCCCAUAUUAAAAAGCCAGUUUUGCAAGAGCCUUCGAGAAAAGUGAAAGUGAAGAAACUCUCUGAUGCAGACAAGAGGCUGGCAAACAGGGAAAGUGCUCUAGCAAGUGCUGAUUUAGAAGAAGAGCUUCAUCAGGACCAAGGACAGAGAAGGAGAAGGUCUCAGUCUCGGGGUAAAGUGACAGAUGGAGAAGCGCUGGAUGUUGCCCUCUGCCUCCAUGAGGAUGGGGGCCAAAGAACAAAAAUCCCACGCAACCCCGAGGAGGAGCGGUUAAAAAAUGAGAGGACUGUGUUUGUUGGCAAUUUGCCUGUCACGUGUAAUAAGAAGAAGCUGAAGUCAUUUUUUAAAGAGUAUGGACAAGUAGAAUCCGUACGAUUUCGUUCUGUGAUGCCAGCAGAGGGGACACUAUCCAAGAAGUUGGCUGCAAUAAAACGUAAAUUUCAUCCUGACCAGAAAAGCAUCAAUGCAUAUGUAGUGUUUAAGGACGAGAGCGCUGCUGCAAAAGCCCUCCAAAGAAAUGGGGCCCAGAUUGCAGAAGGAUUUAGUAUUCGAGUUGAUCUGGCAUCUGAAACCGCCUCUAGAGACAAGAGAUCAGUAUUUGUGGGAAAUCUUCCUUACAAAAUUGAAGAGUCUGCUUUGGAGGAACACUUUCUGGACUGUGGGAGCAUUGUGGCAGUGAGGAUCGUGAGAAACCCACUUACAGGAGUUGGCAGAGGGUUUGGCUAUGUGCUCUUUGAGAACACAGAUGCUGUUCAUCUUGCUUUGAAGUUAAAUAAUUCUGAGCUAAUGGGAAGAAAACUGAGAGUCAUGCGUUCUGUUAAUAAAGAAAAACUACAACAACAGAAUUCAAAUCCAAGCUUGAAGAAGGAUGUCAUUAAACCUAAGCAAAGACUUAAUUUUACUUCCAAAGAAGGAAAAUUCCAUUCCAAGAAUGCAUUUAUUGGAGAAAAGGCAGUUCUCAUGAAAAAGAAGAAGAAAGGACAAAAGAAAAAACUACAAACGAAGAAACCAAGAAAACAGCCAUAAUAACUGAUGUUGCUCCCUUCCUUCCUUUUUGUGGUGAAACCUUGCAAUGAGGGUCUGGGUUUUUUAUGGAUUAUGUGGAAAAUGUGGAGGCUUCCAUAGUGA